AACUUCUCCUCCAGUUUUUGUUUCAAUAAGUUAACGCUUCUCCUUCUAUUCGUAACAGUCGCAUUCGGGUGGCGCCACCGCCGGACUUAUUUUUUUUUUUUGCUUAACCCACCUAAUUCCGGUUGUUACAGGAAAGAAACGAAAUUAACAACUAGUUUUUUAAUUAAUUAAUUAGCCACUAUUAUUAUUACUAAUAACAAUCAUGGGUUUCUUUCGUAACCUCUGGGACGACGCCCUCUCCGGCUCUACCUCCGACUCCGGCCUCAGCAAGCUUCGCAGAUAUAACUCUCUCCUCUCCCGUUCAAACAUUCCUCCCUCCGCCGCACACGCCGACGAAACCACACCCGUAUCCCGCAGCAUCACUAUUCUCCGGACCAACAGCCUCUCGUCUUCCCCUUCUACCCCGUCGUCUCCGGCUGGAUCCAGCGCUGCUGGUUCCCCUUUCUCAGCGACGUCGCCCGGCGGGGAUUUCAGGAAAUUAACACGGAGGAAAUCUACUACCGAAGCCCGUAGGGAGUCCAAAAGUCCUACUGGUUAUGAUUGGAUCGUUUUGAGUUCUUUGGAUCGUUAAAUGAAGACCCAAUCAGACGACCAAUGCGUUCUCAGUAACAUCUUUCAAUUUUGUCCCGUGAUUUGUAUAAUAUAUGUGGCGUAAGGUAAUGUAGUAUAGUAGUAUUUAAUAAGAUGAGAUGCUUCAGAAGUUGCAGAUCAAUGGAGACAUUGCUGCUUCAAGUUUUAGAAAGACGAAAACCAUAUAGCUUCUAGCUGCUUAUGUUUGGAUCUUUUUAUGUUAUUAUUUUGUUUCACGUAGAUAGAUGAUCCAGGCAUCUACUGGACAUGGUUCUUGAACACCUCCGAUGUGAUCUUGUAAAAUAUUACAAUUUUGAUAAUGUCAAUGAAGCUUCC